UACAUCAGUUUCCGACAUGGCCCGGUAGUUUAGUGUAACAUAGGACAAUAUUUAAAAAAUGAAAAGAUCCCAUUUGGUAUUUUUGGUGGCAGUGAGCUACGGACUAGUUUUGUGCUCGGGUUUGACGACGUCUGAAGAAUACGACGACGACCCUGACGACGAGGAUCCAGACAGUAAUGAAAAAUCCGACGAAGAUGAUGAUGAACCGAUUCUGUACCAUGAGGAUGACAAUACUGAAGCCCCAAAGACCCCUGAGCGAGAGCAGUUUCUGAGACGUAUCCAGGACCACGGUAUCUACCAUUCUCUACAGUCCAUCCUGGAAGCUUUGGACAAGGAAGAGUACAGGGACAAGAUAGAAGUACGGCAACUCAUAAACUCGUAUCAAAACGACUGUUCUGACGGCAAGAUUGAGGUUCCUCCAGUAUACAACAAAACUGGUCUGUGGCCUUUCAUCGUCAUAGAAGGAGUACAAACUUCAGGUAAGCUGACAGUUAGUCGACGGGUGACUGAGAUCCUUCAGGCAGACUUCCUGACAACUCCUCCAGAUUGUCUGUUUCACCUCAGACCUGCCUUUGAUGCGUACAACUGCACUCUCCGUAGUCUGUACUACUCACUGUCCAUGUACGCCCUCGCCAACCAGGCCAUGAAAAGGCUGAGGACGAGGUCCGUCGUCGCAAACAGGUACUGGCACAGCCAAGCAGCCUUCGGCCUGGCUGUUGCUGAACUGAGCGAAAACAUGCAUCUUCCUCCAGACUCGGUCUUAUACAAGUGGCCAGACGAUCUGCUGAAGCCAGACUUGGCAUUCUACUUGCAGUACUCCCACGGGAAGAACCUCCGGGGGCCGAAGAAGCCGAAUAUCCAGAGAAGUAUCUCCAGGAGAUUCAGGGACAGGAUGGUUACUCACUACACUCGUAUGAGAGAGCCGUUUCUGGUGGACAUCUUUGAGCAGUAUACUCAUUACCAGUUGGGUAAAAUGGUGAAAGUAAUUGAAGACAAGUACCCCAACAAAUACCCCUACAUUACGUCCAAGGAUCUUGUGUACCAAAGAGCAAUUUCAUAAGUGUUCCUGCGGCCAUAAAACAUUUCAUUCUCUUAUACGUUUAAUUUUACCC